AUGAAGAACAAUCUUUCACGGAAAACUGACUUCUGUACGACACCUGAGUCUUCCUUUUCAUAUCACAAUCUUCAGCGGCGUUAUGGGACGAGAAGACAUUCAUUUCGAGUCCCGGACCUACCCGCAAUUCCAUCAAGUUGCAGUGGAUCCUCUGACGAGUCGGAACUGGGUAGCUCAUAUCCUCCGUCGUCGAGAAAGCUAGCCAAAGAAGAUCCCAAUAAUAAUCGAGCUCGUCGAGAAAGUUGCGAUGAAGAAAUUUCAAGUUACUUGCUGUCACUCGCAGCACAAGCAGCAGAACGGCAGUUGAAAGAGCAGGCCCUGGCAGCCUUCCCAAAUGAACAAGUCUACCAGCCCGUAGACCACUUUGCUAUUGAUAAUGAAGAUGAGGACUGUUCACCUGAUGAUGGCGUAACUAUUCCUGGGCAGCUGCAUCACUUGGAUAGCCGUCGGAAUUCAGCCGCAGAUCUAUCCUCGGAGCUUGAAUGCCUGCGGGUUUACAAACAGAGGGCGGGGAUAAGAGCAUUGUCCAAGAUUGGAACCGAUGGGAACUGUCUUCCGCGGUCGGAAUCCUUGAGUCGACACCCCGCUAGCCAUGGUCGAUCAAUGAAUGCUGAAAUAUCUGGGAACCUAGUGGAGAAUGGAUGCCAUGAAAGCCCACCCAUGCUUGGAACAGACCUCAUAUUUCCCCAAAGUUUAUCGCCGGAGACCACAAUAUAUGAAGGUGGUAGUUCAGUUAAACCGACUGACAUAACUCACAACAACCCCGGUCUUUGGCAUGCGUUGCCGCAUCAGAAUGAUCGUACAAAUGAAGGUCUUUGGAUGGGGACCUGCCAGAAUGACAGACGCGCUGAAGUAAAGCACGUUCCAAUCAAUACUAUGCCAGAGACCAUAUCGGUGCCCACCAACAAGAUUCCAACAUUCAUACCUGCGGAUCUCAGGACCGAAAAUUCGCUAGCUGUGGCAAACGAGGCUGAAUUGCGAGAUACUGUCAUGGAUGAGGAGGAUGCUGAACCUUACCCCUCUGAUGAUUUUGUGACCCAGAUAUAUAAUUACUUAUCGCUAGGAUAUCCGUGCGUUGCCCGCUAUUAUGAUCAUGAACUCAGCAAGAUCUCUGGCAUUUCUGUAGCGGAUCUCAGGCAAGAUGACAUAGACACAGAUGCCAAAGGGUUUGUUUUCACUGAAGAACGGGGAAUAAAGAGAGACAAGAAAAGCAAUGGUUGUCGACGAUGGCGUGCAUUGCGCUUGUACAUACACGAAUGGGAUACCGAACGUCCACGUGUUCCAGAAGAGGAUGGCAACCAUGAGAAAUGGGGCGUACGCGAGAGGAGGGGAAGUUGGGCAGUCUAG